AUGUCGGAUUUGGGAAAACUGUCUUAUUUCCUAGGCAUGGAAUUUCAAGUGUCGAAGCAAGGUAUGGUGUUACAUCAAAGAAAGUAUGUCAAAGAGAUUCUCAAGAGAUUCAAAAUGGAAGAUUUGAAUCCCGCCUCUUCACACGUCGAACCAAAUGUGAAGUUGGAGAAGAAUGGAGAGGAAGACAAAGUUGAUGCAAUUUUGUUCAAACAAAUUAUUGGAUCUCUGAGGUAUGUGUGCAACAAUCGACCUGAUAUAGGUUUUGGUGUCGGAUUAGUAAGCAGAUAUAUGAGUGAACCAAGGGUGUCACAUAUGAAUGCUGCAAGAAGAAUCCUGAGAUAUUUGAAAGGAUCAAUAAACUGUGGAAUACUAUUUCGACAAGAUUCUGAAGGAAAGGAAGCAAUAGUAAAUUGUUUUCCAAAUGCUGAUUGGUGUGGAGAUAAGGAAGAUCAAUGA